AUGCGCCAAGCUGUGUCGGGCUUCGCCCAGCAGCAGCUUGCGGGCGUGGAGAAGCUGAUCAGCGGAUGCACCACCGAUGCCGAGCGAUUUCAAAAGACCAAGCCAAUCUACGAGGCAGCCACGGGAGCAGGCCUCAUCCGCGGCCAGAUCAGCAAGCCGCUGGGAGGCGAUGCCACGAGCAACUUUUCCGCCGCCAUCGUCGUCGAGGAGUUCUACGCCGUCGACCGCACCGCCUCACUGACCAUCUUUGGCACUGGCCUGGGACUGACACCCCUCAUGAUGGCCGGCAAUGGGGACCAGCACAAAAAGUACCUCGCUCCCUUUCUCGAGACAAAAGGCGCGCCACUGGCCAGCCUCGUCUAUACGGAGCCUACAGGCACGGCAAACUACAGGGACGUCGACGGCCCCGGCAUACAGACGACUGCACGCCUCGAGGGCGACGAAUGGGUGCUCAAUGGCGAAAAGAUGUGGGCCACCAACUGUGCCGGCUGGGACUUCAAGGGUGCUGAGCUGCAGUGCGUCCUCUGCAAGGAUGUGUCUGUCAGCAAGGGCAGCAACGCUUCCAUGCUGCUUCUCGUCAGCCGGGCAGACAUCGACGCCAACAAGCCCGGUGCCUUUGUGGUGAAGCGGCAUCUCGAGAGCGCAGGGCACAAGGCCACCUCUGGACCUCACGUUGCCUUUAAAGACCUGCGGGUGCCCAAGUCGGCGAUCCUGGGAAGCGUGGGCCAGGGCCUUGACAUUACCGAAAACGCAUUCACCGUCUCGGCUGCCAUUGUGGGGGCCAUGAGCGUCGGUGUGAUGCGAAGAGCCUUUGAGGUCGCACUGGCCUAUGCCAAAAAGGAGACACGGGGAGGCGGCGCCAAGCUCAUUGAGCACCAGAGCGUCGCCGAUCUCCUCAUCGGCGUCAAGGCGCGCGUCGAGACGUCGCGGCUGCUCACGUGGAAGGCGCUUUCGCUCAUCGACACCGUCGGACUCGAGGCGGCGCGCGAGACGGCCUUUCACGCCAAGGUCUUUUGCUCCGACUCGGCCGUGCAGAGCGUCGUCGACUGCAUUUCGGCUGUUGGCGUGAGCGCCUACUCGACCGAGAUGCCGCUGGCCUCGCUCCUCAACGACGCAAUCUGCCUUCCCAUCUUUGAUGGCGGCAAUGUCGGCGUCCGCAGGAGGCAGAUUCAGAAGCUCUUUCUCAGUGAGCAGUACCAGCCGUGGGCCGCCUCUUUUGCGUAG